AUGAUUUAUACAAGCAUUGAGAAUAUGGUGGACACAACUGUUACCACAUUAGGCUAUUAUAAAGCCCGGGGUUUGGCUCAACCCAUAAAAAUAUUGUUAAAGUAUGCGGGCGUGGAGUUUACGGACAAAUACUACGGCAAUCUUAACGCUAAGAAUGUAGACGAGAUUAAGGCCGAGUGGUUUAACGCAAAGUUCACCCUGGGCCUCGACUUUCCAAAUGUACCAUAUUACAUUGAUGGGGCAGUCAAAUUGUCCCAGAGUACAGCCAUUAUGCGACACUUGGCCCGAAAGCACGGACUGGUGGCCACCGACGAGACCGGACUCAUACGCCAGGAUCUGGUGGAGCAACUGGUGGUCGACAUUAGAAACGGUUGGACGCGUUGUCCCGGUUUUUGGGUACCCGUCAGUGGUUUACCGUUGCAGCGGUUCCGUCUCUUCAGUCCCGAUACCGUCGAUAAGUACCAGAAUUUAAUUAAAUUCUUAUCCUGUUUUGAGAGUUUACCGGCGAUUAAGGCAUACAUGAAAUCACCUGAGUUUAUAAUUGGCUAUUAUAAGACCCGGGGUAGGGGUCAGUCCAUACGGCUUAUGCUCAAGUAUGUGGGCGUAAAAUUCACAAAUAAAUACUACGACAACUGUUACGGAGGCACUGCUGAAGAAAUGCUUAAAGGUGAUUGGUACAAAGUAAGAUUCACCAUGGGCCUAGACUUUCCCAACGUACCGUAUUACAUGGAUGGUGCUGUGAAACUGACCCAUAGUAUAGCCAUUAUGCGACACUUGGCCCGAAAGCACGGACUGGUGGCCACCGACGAGACCGGACUCACACGACAGGAUGUGUUGGAGCAACAGGUGAUGGACAUUAGGGCACCGUUUGGUAACUUAUUGUGCAGUAAAGACUUUAAGACCGAAAAAGUCAAAUACUUGGCCGAAACACUACCCCAACAGUUGGACAGUUUGUCCCGGUUUUUGGGUACCCGUCAGUGGUUUACCGGUAAUCACAUUAAUUAUGUAGACUUCUUGGCGUAUGAACUGAUGGAUCGUUUCCGUGUCUUCAGUCCCGAAACUGUCGAUAAGUACCAGAAUUUGGUUCAAUUGUUGACCCGUUUUGAGAUUGGCCAUUCACUGGACCAACGUCUCAGUGGGGGCUACUUUAAGGUCCGGGGUUUGGCUCAACCCAUACGACUGUUGCUGAAGUAUGCGGGCGUGAAAUUCACCGACAAAUACUAUAGCAUGGGAUCCACUUCUGAAGAGGCGAUUAAGGAGGACUGGGCUAAUAAGAAAUUCACCCUGGGCCUUGACUUUCCAAAUAGACCGUAUUAUAUCGAUGGAUCGGUCAAACUCACUCAGAGCACAGCCAUUAUGCGACACUUGGCCCGAAAGCACGGACUGGUGGCCACCGACGAGACCGGACUCACACGACAGGACGUGUUUGAGCAACAGUUGGCUGACAUCAAGAGUGGUUACAUUAAAGUAGUGCACAGUAAAGACGUUGAGACAGAAAAAGCAAAAUAUGUGGCCGAAGUACUGCCCCAACAGUUGGACAGUUUGUCCCGGUUUUUGGGUACCCGUCUGUGGUUUACCGGUAAUCACAUUAAUUAUGUAGACUUCUUGGCGUAUGAAAUACUCUUUCGUUUCCGUCAACUGAGCGCCGAAAAUGUUGAUAAACACCAGAAUUUGGUUCAAUUGUAUAACCGUUUUGAGAGUUUACCGGCGAUUAAGGCAUAUAUAAAUUCACCCGAGAAUGGGACGGGACAGGAAUUUACAGGAUUCACGUCUUGUUUUUGGGAGACUACCCUGGGCCUGGACUUUCCCAAUAGACCAUAUUACAUUGAUGAUACGGUCAAACUAUCCCAGAGCACAGCCAUUAUGCGACACUUGGCUCGAAAGCACGGACUGGUGGCCACCGACGAGACCGGACUCGUACGCCAGGAUGUGUUGGAGCAACAGUUGGUGGAUAUCAAGAGUGGUUACUUUAGAGCAUUGAAAAGCAAAGACGACGAAACUGAAAGAGUCGGUAAUUAUCUGCCCCAACAUUUGGACAGUUUGUCCCGGUUUUUGGGUACCCGUCAGUGGUUUACCGGUAAUCACAUUAAUUAUGUAGACUUCUUGGCUUUCGAAAUACUCUUUCGUUUCCGACAAUUGAACGCUGAAAAUGUCGAUAAGUACCAGAAUUUGGUUCAAUUUGUGAUCCGUUUUGAGAGCUAUUUUAAUACCCGGGCUUUGGGUCAACCCAUACGACUGCUGUUGAAGUAUAAGGGCGUGAAUUUCAACGACAAAUACUACGGCAAUCCGGACGCAGACUGUAUGGAGACGUUUAAAGGUAAUUGGUUUGAUGUGAAAUUCACCCUGGGCUUUGACUUUUCCAACGUGCCAUAUUACAUCGAUGGUUCCAUGAAACUAACCCAGAGUAAUGCUAUUUUGCGAUACUUGGCCCGAAAGCACGGACUGGUGGCCACCGACGAGACCGGACUCGUACGCCAGGAUGUGGUGGAGCAACAGUUGGUGGACAUUAGGAACGGGUUUUUUGGCGUAGUAGUAGCGCCUGACUUUGAAACUAAAAAAGUCAUAUAUAUUGCCGAAACACUGACCCAACAGUUGGACGCGUUGUCCCGGUUUUUGGGUACCCGUCAGUGGUUUACCGGUAAUCACAUUAAUUAUGUAGACUUCUUGGCGUACGAACUGCUCGAUUGGUUCCGUCUCUUCAGUCCUGAGACCGUCGAUAAGUACCAGAAUUUGGUUCAAUUGUUGACCCGUUUUGAGAGUUUACCGGCGAUUAAGGCAUACAUAAAAUCACCGGAGUUUAUAAGUUGGCCAUUGUUUGCGCCGAUCGCUAACUGGGGUUUCAAAAACAUAAAGAUCCGGGGUUACGCCCAACCCAUACGACUAGUGCUGAAGUAUGCGGGCGUAAAAUUCACCGACAAAUAUCAUGAAAAUGCGGACACAACUAAACUGGACGAAUAUAUGGUCCCGUGGUUUCAGGUGAAAUUCACCCUGGGCCUCGACUUUCCCAACGUUCCCUACUAUAUGGAUGGCGAUGUGAAAAUAACCCAAAGCAAUGCCAUUAUGCGACACUUGGCCCGAAAGCACGGACUGGUGGCCACCGACGAGACCGGACUCACACGACAGGAUGUGUUGGAGCAACAGUUUAUGGAUAUUAGCAAUGGGUUUACCUAUGGCUUAAUGAUGAGCAAAGGGUACGACACAGAGAAAGUCAAAUACUUGGCCGAAACACUGCCCCAACAGUUGGACGCUUUGUCCCGGUUUUUGGGUACCCGUCAGUGGUUUACCGGUAAUCACAUUAAUUAUGUAGACUUCUUGGCGUACGAACUGCUCGAUUGGUUGCGACUCUUCAGCCCCGAGACC